AGCCGUCAGUCUGCGAGCGCGUCACAUCUCCGGGAAUUUCACACCUUCUGGAAAAAACCAAGUCAAAUAUUUUUUUUUGUUUUGUUUUCUUGCGUUUUUCACCCGUUUGUUUUCAAGCCCGGUGUGCGUUCAGGUGUUGCCGUCAGGUUUUGUUUUUCACCCCCGCUUCUCCUGCGCUUGAGUCGCCCCGUUGCCUCUCGCAAGCUAAGAGCCAAGAGCGGAGGACUGAGCUCUCUCGUCAGCAACGAGGCGCCUGGGAAGCUCCGAGCAUCCGCACCGAAUCGAGUCGCCCGGACAUUUGUUACCCACCUCCUCCUCCUCCUCCUCUGCUCUGCUCUGCCGCUUCAGAAAAGAAAAGGGGAAAUAACGAGCGUCCUCCCAUUCCCGCAAAGCCAAUACCCGGACACGGACGCAGAGAGUCAGAAUUUCCUUCCCGAGCACAACCUGGGCAAGAAGAAGUAUGAGACGGAAUACCACCAAGGGAACGCGUCCUUCGGGAUGUCCGUCUUCAAUCUGGGCAACGCCAUCAUGGGCAGCGGCAUUCUGGGCCUGUCCUAUGCCAUGGCCAACACUGGCAUCGCCCUAUUUGUGAUUCUCCUCGUGGCUGUUGCCAUCUUCUCCCUGUACUCUGUCCACCUGCUGCUGAAGACGGCCAAAGAAGGCGGGUCGCUGGUCUACGAACAGCUGGGUUACAAAGCCUUCGGGAUGCCAGGGAAACUGGCCGCCUCCUGCUCCAUCACCAUGCAGAAUAUCGGAGCCAUGUCAAGCUACCUCUACAUCGUCAAGUAUGAGCUGCCUAUUGUCAUCCGGGCCUUUGUGGGAGACGACAAUACAGAAUGGUACACAAAUGGAGACUAUCUGGUUAUGCUUGUCUCGGUGAUCAUUAUUCUGCCCCUAUCUCUCCUCAGGAACCUGGGCUAUCUUGGUUACACCAGUGGAUUCUCGCUGCUCUGCAUGGUCUUCUUCCUGAUUGUGGUGAUCUACAAAAAGUUCCAGAUUUCCUGCUCUCUGCUUGACGCCAUAUACUCGCAGAACAAGACGUUGAGCCGAGUCCCGAACACCACCAACUCCCAACUCAACACCCCCGCCGUCAACUACAACGAGGAUUCCUGCACGCCAAAAUACUUUGUCUUCAACUCGGAGACCGUCUACGCUGUGCCCAUUCUGACCUUCGCUUUUGUGUGCCACCCAGCCAUCCUGCCCAUGUAUGAGGAGCUUAAAGACCGUUCCCGCAGGAAGAUGCAAGGCGUGGCCAACGUCUCCUUCCUGGCCAUGUUCAUCAUGUACCUGCUGGCCGCCCUCUUUGGAUACCUGACUUUCAACACUCGCGUGGAGUCCGAGCUGCUGCACACCUACUCCAGAGUCUACAAGUUUGACGUCAUCCUGCUGAUUGUGCGUCUGGCUGUGCUCACCGCUGUCACCCUGACUGUCCCCGUGGUGCUGUUCCCCAUUCGGACCUCGGUCAACCAGCUCCUGUGCGCCUCCAAAGAGUUCAGUUGGGUCCGUCACACUGUCAUCACCGUGGUUCUGUUGGCCAGCACCAACGCCCUGGUCAUCUUAGUCCCAACGAUCCGAGACAUCUUCGGCUUCAUCGGCGCCUCGGCUGCAGCCAUGCUCAUCUUCAUCUUGCCAUCUGCCUUCUACAUCCGACUGGUGAAGAAGGAGUCCAUGAAGUCUGUGCAGAAGAUCGGGGCCACCAUCUUUCUGAUCUGCGGCUUCUUGGUCAUGAUCGGCAGUAUGAGCCUCAUCGUCCUGGACUGGGUCCACAACUUUGGCGCCGUGCAGAGCAGCCCGGCUGACGGACACUAAACGCCGCGGCGGACGAACGAAAAACAGACGUAAACAACGGACAGACUGACUUGAUGCUCGGCUUCUAACUCCUGAGCGAAAGACCAUGCCAUUCCAAGAGAAUGUAUCCAGACUUUGUACAGUAUUCCUUUAGGCCACAAUGAUGGUAUCUGACUUUUUUUCUUAUUAUUGUUAUUUUAUUUUUUUGUCUUCGUUUUAUUUUUAUGCUGUUAGGCUGUUUUUUUUUCUUUUUUUCUCGAUGUUGUUUUUUGUAGUAAUGGUACAGUUAAAAAGAAACAUUUUGGAGGUGCCUCAAACAGGGAUGACUUCGUCAUAAGAGUUCAAAAUGCAGCUUACAGUCAGGUACGGUUGAGUGUGCGACCUUCGACCUUCGGCUGAUGACCUCGAAGAUCAGCAGCGACGCGUCCGAGCGAGCCGUACGGAAAGAAAACGAAACGAACACAAAAACUUGAACCUCCUGAAACCGAGACGAACUCGAGGCAGUAGACUUGAACAUGGAUUCUUCUCAAGGAAAAUUGAGUUCCUUCCAACAGUUUUAUUUUUACUUACUUUGCCAAAAGUU